AUGUGGCUUACGUCUUGGCAACAGGAUAAACUUUUAACCCAGAUAGACAACUGUAUCUCUGAAGAUGUCUCGGAGCUAAUGUAUGACGUGAUUCAGGAUAUGCCCUACCUUGACCAAGUUAUCAACGAGACAUUGAGAAUGUAUCCACCACUUGCAGCGACGAACAGGACGACCAGCUAUCACAAGGACGUGUUGUUGGAUGGCUAUUGGUUUCCUGCCAACACACUGAUCCAGUACAGCAUUUACAUGAUUCAUCAUGACCCUCAACUUUAUCCAGAACCAGACAAGUUCAUGCCGGAAAGGUUUCUCCCUGAAGAGAAGGCAAAACGUGACCCUUUCACCUUCAUACCGUUCGGACAUGGUCCUCGUAAUUGUAUUGGCAUGCGGCUUGCUCUCCUCGAGGCGAAAAUCGCCCUGGUGGCUACCUUAAAGAAGGUCACGUUCGUCCAGGUCCCAGAAACUGAGGUAAUAUAUUUUGUGCCCUUGGAAGUGAUCACUUAUGAGCCGUUCCUGCGACCAGCCAGGCCUGUCAAAGUUGGGGUGGAGAAACGGUCUUAG